AAGCCGGUGGCGGCGGCGGAACGGGCGGAGGCUGCCGGUUUCGUAACCGUCGCUCCUCCUCGCUGACUCGCGGGCUGCGAGGCCUGGGUCGGGUCGGGCCGCGCCGUGCGGGGCCGCUCGGAGUGGAGGCCGCCUGGGGGCGGGCGGGCUGGAGGCGCAGGUAUAUGUGAAGAUUUCUUGGCAGUUUAGCGUGGAAACCAUUGAUCGUCUUGCCCUUCUUUCUACCUGUUCUGUGUUGGCAAGGGAGAGUGCCCAAAUGAGCAAGAUAGCGCAGCAGAACAGUACUCCGGGAGUGAAUGGAAUAAGUGUUAUUCAUACUCAGGCUCAUGCCAGCGGCUUACAGCAGGUUCCUCAGCUGGUGCCCGCUGGCCCUGGGGGAGGAGGCAAAGCUGUGCCUCCGAGCAAGCAAAGCAAAAAGAGUUCGCCCAUGGAUCGAAACAGUGACGAGUACCGUCAACGCAGAGAGAGGAACAACAUGGCCGUGAAAAAGAGCCGGUUGAAAAGCAAGCAGAAAGCACAGGAUACACUGCAGAGAGUGAAUCAGCUUAAAGAAGAGAAUGAACGCUUGGAAGCAAAAAUUAAAUUGCUGACUAAGGAAUUAAGUGUACUGAAAGAUUUGUUUCUUGAGCAUGCACACAACCUCACAGAUAAUGUGCAACCCAGUAGCACUGAAAAUUUGACGACAAAUUCUGAUAAUGCAGGACAGUAGACCCACCCCUUCCAAACAGCUUGUGGCUAACGUCAGAGGUGUGACUGCCUACCCCUCUCAUAGCAAUGGCUGAAUGUUGUCUUGUUCCAUUAUUUAAGAUCCACUGAAGGUUGUUUUCUGGGAUCAGCACUGACGCGUUGAUUAGCUAAAAAUGUUAGACAUAUAAUUUGAGUUUCUGGUUUUAAAUGAUAUGGAUUUUUGUGGAGAUUAAAAAACAAAAUUUUAAGGUAUAUGGUAAAAAAAAUUGCCCUGGACCUUGAUGUUCUUAAUAAAUCCUGACUUCCCAAGACAUGCUUCUUUUUCAGGUUGACAAAAGGAAUGGCGGAACUGGCAGGUCAUGCAGAAAGUUCUUGGUUUUAAUGGAUCUGGUUAAUUGGAUUAAGAAAAGAUGAAUGCCAUCUAUGUUAAUCUGUUUGUGAUUUUAUUCUAAAUUAUGUAUUAAAAAUCCUUAGGGCAUUUUUAAUCACCAAUCACUUUGUAAUUUGGAGUGAUUUUAUGUAUAGCAUAAACCUUGUUUUAGCAUAAUUAGUACUGUUUUCCCCAACAAGUACAGGUUUUUGAAUAGCGAUGUCAGGUUAAGUGAAGAAACCUCGUUGCAUUUUAAAGGCACUAUGCAGCCAAUGGGCUUAAAAAAUAGAAGUAACAUUUAGGAAGCAAAUAGGUUUUUAAAAAAUAAAGGUAAAGCAUAUUAGAAUUAUGCUUUUGGGAUACCUUUGGGAUAUUGGCUUAGCAUUAUUUUGUUUUCUAAAAAAAAAAUUCCCAAAAAACUGAGUGGAUUAGAGAAACUUGUGUAUCAAAAUUUUAGUUUCUGCAGAUGCUAGUAAAUUAAGCAUUUUUUUAAAAUACCGUUUUGACAGCCAUGUCAGUAAACAAAUGUCUUAACAGUUUGAUCACACAAGCAGCUGAUGAGGAUUUGGAAGAAUGCUUCAGCAGGUAGUUUCUCCUGUGUUCAAAGAUGUGCAGUGGGGCCAUGAUUUUUAAAGGCAAAAAUUUCUUGUGAAGCAUCAUUUAGUAUUUGAUCCUAACCAACUGAUGAUUAAAAAAUGCAUCAUCAACUCCAUGCCAUCUCCCAAAAUAAUAGACUAAAAAAACUUGAAAGUGUAAGGUUUAACCUUUAAUUUAUUUUACCUAAAUACAUCUUGUUAUAUUGUUUUUGUGACAUUUCAUUUUCUAGUUAGUGGGCUGUUCUUCCAGACUUUUUGUACCACUGCUUUUGUUUAUUCAUUUCUCUGCUUUUAUGUCUCAUAAAUUAUUUUAGAAAGAAAACACUGAUAAAACUCAGGAUAUUGACAUUUUUGUUGAGACUAAAAAAUGGCAGUCACUAAAGUCGGGAAUUCUAAAGUUUGGCUUCUAUCAGUUAGUAGUUUUGAUUGUCCUUGUUGACUUUUUUUUUUUAGCACAGUUCUAGCUCAGAUUUGUUGGCCUUUGUGUGUGGGGUUUUUUUUGUGUGUGUGUCCCUGGGGUGGUGACCAGAUACUGAGUCAUAGCUGAUUAAAAAGUUUGUGUUGCUGUGUAUCUCAUUUGAACAUGAUUAUUUUGGGCCACACUGCUGUCUCAUACUAGGACCUGGGACAGGACAUAAUUCAAGUUACACCCUUGCAUUGGUGGAAGAGUGCUGUCUGUGCUCUUCUCCUGGGCAGAGGAGGAUGGCACAGCACCGUCCAACUUAGUAAAGCCAUUACUGAGGCCUUGAGCCCCUUCUGCAUUUGACAGGAGCCUCAGUGUUGUUCCAUGAGAGCUGCUGUCCCAGGAGAGUUAACUCCCUGUAGAGCCAGGAGACAGGAUGGGGGUUGCUAUUAGGGUCCAAGACAGCUUACUUUGGUUGGAACAUCCAUCUACUUGGAGAGGUUGUAGAUGUUUUGAGUUACUAAGAGAUACCCACAGAAUCCUCCUGAAUCUUUAAUAGCUGAUUGAUGCUAUCAUUGGAGACGCAGUAGGUCACUUGAAUCCUUAAGCACCUGUAAUAGGUGUUACAGACAUUUUAAUCUCUUACUUACUAAAAAAUGUCUUUCAGAAAUUCAUGUCCACAUGGAAUAUGUGAUUACCAGUCAUCUGAUUGACUUAACUAUCUUGGAAAAGCAGCUUUAGGGAGAUCAUCAGGUGUGAUCAGUGUUUCAAAUUAGAACAUGAGAUUGGAAGCUUUGGAGAAACUGAUCCCAGCUUUCCUCUUAGCCAUGCAAAUCCAAACUUCGGCCAAACAGGCAUUUAUGCAUAGAGCAGAAAUGUUCACCAUUGUCUUGACUAUCUUACUGACGUGUUUGGGAAUGAAAGUUUUUAGUGUGAUAGAUUUAUCAGUACAAGAUUGAGGAAAUCAAGUAUGGGGAAUGGGUAAGUUUAGAGCUUUGGGAAUUGUAAAGUGACUCGUAACUUUUGUUCUGUAGGUUACCUAUGAACCAUUAGCAUUUGGUCUGCCUCCCGGCGGGUCCAGUGGUUUAGGAAUUAGGCUUUAGUGUCCAUUUUUCGCUGCAGCUAGGUCUCCCGGCAUGGGUGCUUUCUGACAGCCCUGGGCUGUGGGUGAGAGCGCGCGGCCCUUCUGCUCUCCGGCCCCUUUCAGUUAUUGGGAUGCGAGCUCAGAUACUUUGGACAUUCUUACUAAGAAGUAGGAAGGUUUUAAUAAAAUAUAACCAGAUUUUUGAAAUUCAGGUCAUGAGUGUGAAAUUCUCAAAUUUACAUAAAAAAGUAGAAGUAUGUACAGUUUAAUAUUUGAUAUUAAAAGAAAGGGAAUUGUAGCAGCUUUUAAUGUUUCCCCAUUAGAGGGCUUGAAACUUUGUACCUGAACAAUCCAGUUAGCACUCAGAGUGCUUUUUGAUGCCUUAGAACUAGCGGAAAAAAUGUUUUUUUGACAAAAGCUAGGAAGGAGAAAGUCCAUUCUACAGCUGUUAGAUCUGCCUCUCAGGAAAAAAAGUAUUUAACUUGUUCUUUUUGUUCCUGGCUGUCCUCAGUUUGUGAGAUUACUCUAUUUUUUUAAAUAUAAUUUUAUUUCUUUCAAUGAAUUUGAAAUAAAAACAACUUUGGAAUAAUGA